UAACAUUAAACGCUGACCAUCAGAUCAGUCGGCGCAGUACAUGUGGACGGCCGGGGAAGGAAGUUGUUGAUUUCUUGUAAACAUAUUGGGAAUAUUAUUUAAAUUGCCGAAAAUGAAUAUUCGCUGUGCCACGCCAGAAGAUCUGAUGAACAUGCAGCACUGUAACCUUUUGUGUCUUCCUGAAAACUACCAGAUGAAAUAUUAUUUUUACCAUGGUUUGUCGUGGCCUCAGCUUUCCUAUGUUGCAGAGGAUGAAAAGGGUAAAAUAGUUGGAUAUGUCCUCGCAAAAAUGGAAGAUGAACCAGAUGAGGCUGUGCAUGGACACAUAACAUCACUGGCUGUUAGAAGAUCACACAGAAGACUAGGACUAGCUCAAAAGCUAAUGGAGCAGGCUUCGAGAGCUAUGGUUGAAUGUUUCAAUGCUCAGUAUGUUUCUCUUCAUGUUAGAAAAAGUAACCGUGCUGCUCUAAACCUUUACACUGUCACGCUGAAAUUCAGUAUAUCAGAAAUAGAACCCAAAUAUUAUGCUGAUGGUGAAGAUGCUUACGCCAUGAAAAGAAAUCUGACUGGACUUGAUUUAGAGGAAGCAAUAGCUGAUGUCCAAAGUGAACGGAAACAUAUUUGCAGUGUCAGAGGAAACAUGGACAGCUGUCAAUCAAACAGCAAUUUUGAAAUCCUAGCUGAAGAAAARCCACCUCAACCUAAAUCUUAAAUGUACAAAAUUAGAUCAUAAAUAAACAAAUGACUUUUGUAAAUGAAAA